AUGUUAGAAAGGAAGUGUAACUGCGAAGAACAUCAUUCGCGGGACACUGGAGCACAAUAUGCUUGCUUGACGGCUUUUUCCCACAUGGUGGAGUUGUUGAAUGCAGGGUCUUCCUACUCUAUCAUGAUAAACCAGAUUGAAGGAUCAUUCGUUUACUACUUCUUAGUAUUCGGAGCUUGCAUACGGGAACAUGCCCACAUGAGAAAGGUAAUUGCCAUUGAUGGCACACAUUUGUAUGGAAAGUACGGGGACGUGUUGCUGAGUGCAGUUGCACAAGACACCGAAAAUCACAUCUUUCCAAUUACCUUUUGGGUUAUCGAUAAAGAGAACGAUGCUUCUUGGACUUUCUUCUUUCAGAAGUUGAAGUCUAUCAUAGAAGAUGAACCAGAUCUAUGUGUCAUCUCCGACAGGCACAUCAGCAUUGCCAAUGCCUUCUCCCAUGUUAAUAGUUGUGCAUAUCAUGGACUUUGCAUGAGGCACCUUGCUGAAAAUUUACGUGUAAAUCAACACUGUAGAGAACAUCUUUAUCUGUUCUACGCUACGGCAAAGGCAUAUACUGUUGAUGGGUUUAGUGCGGAUUUUGCCAAAUUGAAGAAUAAUAUCCACGAGGCAGGACAUGUCCUUGAAAAUGUGCUUAGUUUUGAGAAAUGGAGUAAAGCACACUUCCCGGGUAAUAGGUAUGAUGUGAUGAACACAAACAUCAUCGAGUCACUCAACGUCAUGUUGAUAGAUGAACGGAAGUACCUCGUUUCACACAUAUUCAAUUUAAUUGCUAGAAAAAUUGGUGAAAAUUUUAGGGAGCGGCAUGCCUUUGUCGAUAGUAAAGAUAACAAAUUUGUGCUUUGUGCGGAAAGGAUCCUAAGGGAUAACAUGAAUGCGGGUGAUUCAUUGUAUAUGAUUAAUGUAAACGGGGAUCUCGACUAA